ACCACAGGUGUAGUCCUCGAAGACAAUGGCAGAGUCAGUGGCAUCUGGGCCCUGCAUCGGUAUCUUGGCUUUGCAAGGGGCUUUUGAGGAGCAUCGCAAAAUUGUUCAGGAACUUGGGGCGCGAACGGUCGAGGUCAGGCUUCCAGACGAUUUAGAUAAGAAUCUUGAUGGACUAAUAAUUCCUGGCGGGGAGAGCACGGCCAUGGCCAUUGUUGGGGAGCGUCAUGGCAUUUUCCCGAAGCUCAAAGCAUUUGUACAGGGAGGGAAACCGAUAUGGGGCACAUGCGCCGGUAUGAUUUUGUUGUCCAACCGGGCCAUCAUGCAAAAAGCAGGAGGGCAACCUUUGAUAGGCGGUCUGGACGUGGAAGUUUGCCGCAACUUCUUUGGGAGCCAGGUAUCCAGCUUUGAGGUCUUGCUGCAGCUGGAAGGGGCUGCGGCGGCUGGUAGCCUCGGGUCGCGCGGUCCCGUGUCGGCAGUCUUUAUCCGGGCUCCCGCCAUCCUAGAGGCCGGUCCGGGUGUGGAGGUAUUGGCCAGGGUGAAAGCUACCCCAUGCGCUCAAGCCCGGCAUUGUGUGGAGGAAGUCUACAGGGAACAGCAAAAGCAGCGAGAGGAGCUGCUUCAGCGUGAGGGCAGGCCAUCGGCCCCGUCACCACUGGUGCCAACCGCCGCGUCGGAGGAUGGAGCCAGAGGAAGGGGGCGAUCGGGGGGCGAGAAGACAUGCAUGGAGAGGGAGGAGGACGGGCGGAUGGAGGUGGUAGUGGCUGUACAGCAAGGUCACUUGUUGGCUACGGCGUUUCAUCCGGAGCUGACGCCCGAACGCUGGUGGCACCAAUAUUUUAUGUCCAUGUGUAGUCAGCAGGCGCAGACCGCGUCAAAGAAAUAGAACCAUUGCAGAAGGGGGGGCUGCAUUGACAAAAGCAGCUACAUUUUUGAAUGAGUGAUGAGGCAUCGACUCCAAUUGGAUUGGCUUUCGAUCCUCCGUGUGAGGUGGUAGGCGGGCCAAGCCCUACGGAGUUCGAGUGAGCGGUAACGCGUGCUCUAGAAAGAAAGAAGACAUUCUCGAAAUCGGAUGGACGUGGAGGCAACCCAUAUUCCUGGUCCUUUACCCCACCCCCCAGACAGACUGGAGAGAUCGCGGUCGGCCGGUUGGACGGCAACCACGGAGUGAGUGUCCUCCACCCCGCGGGUGAGUCGCCGGGAGGAGCUCUGGGACCCCCGCCUGGUCACAUCCUCCGGCGAUCACGCACAGGCCUUAGAAAACUCAAGGCGUGCGCAGAAACUGUUCAUUAUCGGACUCGUCAUGGCUGAUUACUGGAAAUCGACGCCUAAGCACUGCUGCAAGUUCUGCAAUGUGUGGAUGGACGACAACAAGACCUCCCGGCGCCUGCACGAAGGAGGCGCCCGGCACAAGCAGGCGGUGGAAGAGUUUUUCAAGGCGCAGAGAGAAGCGAAGCGGCAAGGGUCCAUUGGAGAUGGCGAGCUGAGCAAGGAGCUGCGUGAGAUUGAAAAGGCAGCCCAGGCGCAAGCGGAGAAGGAUGCAGCCAUGUUCAAAAGUAGUGGUAUUCUCGUCUAAAGAGAG